AUGUUCGCAACGAAAACGGAGGUGAAGGUCGGAGUCCACGUCCUGAAAGAGUUACUAGAGUUUCGCACACUGAGAGCAGGGACAGCAUAUGCUGGUGACGACCGGACGCGGCAGUCGUUACACGUCGGAUCUCUGCUCAUGAGUAUGACGUUCAAGAACUCCGAGGACAAGACGUUUCUGCAUCUGCUGGGCCUCAUGGAGGAGGGCUUCAAGCUGUUCACCCUCGCGAUGCCCGUCAACUUCUUCCCGUUCCUGCGGUUCGUUCCCGGCGUGAACUACGCCUACCAGAAGAUCAUACAGAACCGCACGGAGACCUCCUCCUACUUCAAGAAGAUCGUGGACGAGCACCGGCGCACACUGGACAGGGAGGAGAUCCGCGACUUCGUCGACGCCUAUCUUGUGCAACAGGAAAAGUACAAAACCUCUGGACAGCACUCGUACUUCUCGGAGGAGCAGCUGAUCCAAGUGAUGAACGACAUAUUCAGCGCCGGCCUCGAGAACGUCACGUCCACCAUCGAGUGGGCCGUACUGUUCCUGAUGCUCAACCCGCGCGUCCAGAAGCGCAUCCAAUCGGAGAUCGACGAAGUGGUGGGCAGUAAACGACUGCCGCAGUUGGAGGACAUGAGUCGCAUGCCGUACACGGAGGCCACCUUCUGGGAAGUGCUGCGACGAUCCAAUGUCAUCGCACUGGGAAACACGCACAACACUCUUGAAAUACCCGCCGGAACUCAUAUAUUGCCAAAUUUAUAUGCAAUUAAUAUGGACCCAAACCUGUGGAUAGAGCCGGAAAAGUUUGAGCCCCAGAGGUUCCUCAGGAAUGGGAAGGUCUAUAAACCGGACCAUUUUAUACCAUUUUCUGUCGGUCGACGAAUGUGUUUGGGAGACGUGUUGACCAAAAUGGAAGUCUUUCUAUUUUUAUCAAGCUUAUUACAAGAGUUUGACUUAUGUGUGCCCGAUCACGCCGACCCUCCCAAGGCCCUGGGCAUAGUGGCCGCCUCCAUGGCACCCAAACCAUACCAGGUGUGCGCCGUUCCCCGCAAUCGUUGCCAAUGA